AUGUCUUUGGUGCAUUCUCCGAAGAUUACUCGUUCGCAAGCUUUGUCACGAGCAAUGAUCGACGGAGAACAACAGUCGACUCCGCUUCGAACUACAAAUAGUGAGGAAACUUCCGAUUGGACGGACGCUUUACAGGAGGCGUUGGAGCAGAUUAGGGAGUUGCGAGAGGAACGUUCACAACAGCAAGCUCAAUUUGUGACAAUGCUGCAACAGCGGGACGAGGAACUGCGCCGUUUACAGGAAAGACUCGUCACAUGGGAAAAUAACCAGCUAAGUCCUUUACAUAACAGAAUUCCGAACAACACUACACGUAGAAAUAGUAAAUUGAACAAUGUUAUACACAAUAAUUUUGAGCUCGGGUAUAAGCUCAAACCUGAGAAUUUCGACGGAAGUGUAUCCUUGCGCGAAUUUAUUGCCCAGUUCGAUCUCAUAGCGCGGGCUAAUGGUUGGAAUUCAUUUCAAAAGACCUUGGCUUUUGCGGCUUGUUUAAGAGGGAAAGCGCGGACCGUUUUAGAUGGAAUUUCGGAAAUUGAAAAUUUAGAAUUCACGGAUUUAAAAUCGAAAUUUGAAUUUCAUUUCGGUGAAGAGCAUUCGGCUCAGUCUUAUUAUACACAAUUCACAAAUCGUAGACAAAAGAGUUCGGAAGAUUUAGCUUCUCUUGGCGCAGAUUUAGAAAGAUUGUCGCGAUUAGCUUACCCUGAGUGUUCUCACGAAGUUAGAGACAAAAUUGCUUGCGCACAAUUCAUUACGGCAAUAUCUGAUGGCUUCUUAAAAAGAACUCUUCAAUUAGAAAGUAUUACUUCAUUAAAAUCUGCCAUACAGAGAGCAAUGGCAAUUAUUGUUCCUAGGAACUUCAUCAAUCAAGUUUUAGAGGAGGCUCAUGAUUCUGCGUCUGAUGGCCAUUUUGGUGUGAAUAAGACGUUAGAAAAGAUCCGAAAGCGUUUUUAUUGGGCUACAUGUAAGAAUGAUGUGGAGGAUUGGUGCCGUUCCUGUAAGGUUUGUGUAGCAAGAAGAGGUCCAUCAGGAAAAGGGAAGUCACCUCUUCAAGUAUUUGAUGCUGGAUUCCCAUUUGAGAGGAUACAAAUGGAUAUACUUGGCCCUCUCCCGACUACCACAGCUGGAAAUCGAUAUUUGUUAGUAAUCAUUGAUUGUUUUACCAAGUGGGAGGUAACACGUCUUUUAGGGAUUAGGAAGACGAGGACUACUGCUCUACAUCCUCAAUCAAAUGGGCAGGUGGAACGUCAUCACCAAACGAUUCUUAAUUACUUGGCUAAAUUUGUUUCAGAAAAUCAGAAGGAUUGGGAUGACUGA